UCGUGCGGCGUUUGCGUGCUCACAGUUGCAGCGGAACGCUAAUGCACAGCAGCGGCGUGUUUCUUGGUUUACUUGGUGGUUUUGCGGCCGGCCACCCUCCACGACGCAGUAUUUAAUCAGCUAAUUGAUUCGGAGUCGGACGACGAGCGGCUGCCUCGUGUUACGCAAUGAAGACGGAGACGAAGUGACCUGUCGCAGCUAAAAGCAGCUAGCCGAGCGAAGAGCACUUCAGGGUGUCACUCGGUCGGACCGGUCACUUUCAUCAGCGCUCUUUUUUUAUUAUUAGUUUUUACUCUCUUUUUUUUGUUGUUGGUUUGUGCUUAAAAUGGCGUUAGUAGCAGCGGUAAGACGACUCGCCCAUGUUAGUUUAAGAGAAUAUUCCCGGAGGAGGACGGCGGUGUCCUGCGGAGGCUGGCUGACGGGUGGAAGGGGUUUAACCUCCGGCACACAGCCGCUCAGGUCAGACAAGGUGACGGUCCACUUCAUCAACCGGGACGGGGAGAAGAUCACAGCGAAGGGGUCGCCCGGAGACACUCUGCUAGACCUGGUCAUCAACGAAAACCUGGACUUUGAUGGCUUUGGAGCGUGUGAGGGAACGCUGGCGUGCUCCACGUGCCAUCUGAUCUUUGAUGAAGAGAUGUACAAGAAACUGGGCUCGAUCACAGACGAGGAGAUGGACAUGCUGGACUUAGCUUACGGUUUGACCGAGACAUCUCGUCUGGGUUGCCAGAUAUGCCUGACCAAGGCUCAGGACGGCAUGGUGGUCCGGGUUCCAGAGAGCGUCGCCGACAUCCGGCAAACCAAAGACGGCUCGUCCUAACGGAGGAGACCGCAGCCCAGAACCACGGACGUGGAGGUGGGGAGGGAUCCGUCACAGCUGCCACUGAACUGUCAUUUUUUAUCAAACAAAAACCUUUUUUUUCUAGAGUAAAACAUGAACCGUACCAAACGGUUCAAUAUUUAUAAGCAAUAAACUGUGUAGCUAAGAAAACCCAUUUCUUCAAUCUGGUUUAUUUUAAUCACUUUGAGUACCAGCUUUCUAACUUCAAGCCUUUCUGGAUUUGCGUUUACUCUUACCGCUGACUAAAAUGUUGGAAAAUAAAAUCAGCUUAAAGUUCAAAACCUUAAGCGUAGCAGUACAUUUUUAUUAGACAUCAAACCCACAAUGUAACUAUUUAAUCAUGUGAUUGUACAUAAAGAGAGAAACGAAUAAUAAAACCCGACCUUUCUAACAA